AUGUUAAUCCAUUUUGUUUUCGCCGUUACUUUACUCCAAUUACUGAACGCUCAGAAUGUGCCUGCCGUAGCACAACCUGAAUUCACUCCCAUCCAAUCUGACAGUUCUGCUCUUCAAGUUCGAGACCGUAGACAGUAUUCUUAUACUUUCUACUACUUAUGUGGAAACCCCCCUAAUCAAUACUUAUCGUAUACACCUUGUAAUAACUGUAAUAAUUGCAAUAAUAACUGCCAGUACACUUGCUCUACAACCCAAUAUUGCCGACAGUUCAAUUCAGCCUGGUCAUGUGUGAACAGAUGUUGCACUGCCAUGUACAAUCCCACGCAAGCGCCAACUACAACCAACAGACCAGCUCCACUUUGUGGAGGUCGUGAAGCUUCCGGAGGAUAUUGUAGAGCAGGCAGUCGUUGUGACGCUGGAUUCCUCUGCACGUCUUCGAAUGUAUGCUGUCGUUGUGCAUAUGGUACAAGCAUCGGCCCAUGUGUGAACGGCAAAUGUCCAGACAAUACUCAGUGUAAUCAGAACAACGAAUGUUGCCCUUAUCAAGUCAGCGGAUAA